ACUACAAGCUCAACAAGCUCAACAUCUACACAUGAAGUGUAGAAGAUAUCCUUGAAAAAGGAACUGCCCGAGUAGCAACUAGCUAGCACACUCCCGCCAUGCGGACCACCUCUAUCUCAUCAUCUCUUUCAGAACUACCUCAUCUUCUCCCUUUUUUCUCCAACAGCGGCAACACUUGUGUCUUUCUUCAGCACAAUGCCAUUUUCCGAAACUUAGGAUUUAGUAUUCCCAGGACGUUUGUCACAUUAAGGACAACUUCAUCUCUUUCUCUGCUAGCCCAGGGUUAUCCUCGGGCCAUUUCCCAUUCAGCAAAUCAACUCUCCGAUGUUGAAGAAGAAGAAGAAGAAGAUGACGAAGACGAAGACGACGACGACGAUGAAGCUGCAGAUGAGUACGAGGAGUUCUCUGUUGACUUAUUUGACGACAAUAAAUAUGAGGACGACGAGAUUGACUCGACAACAAUGGAGGCACCUCCCCAGUUCGAGGGGCAAAAAUGGCAGAGAGUGGACAGACUUCGAUCUCAAGUACGAGAGUUCGGCGAGGAAAUUAUCGAUUUGGAUGAGCUUGCUUCCAUUUACGAUUUCCACAUCGAUAAAUUUCAGAGGUUGGCUAUACAAUCUUUCUUGAGAGGUUCGUCUGUGGUGGUUUCUGCACCGACGAGUAGCGGAAAGACUCUGAUAGCAGAAGCAGCAGCUGUAGCCACAGUAGUGAGAGGAAGGCGACUCUUCUAUACAACUCCUUUGAAGGCAUUAUCUAAUCAAAAGUAUCGAGAAUUUCGAGAGACAUUUGGUGAAAGCAAUGUUGGCCUUCUCACGGGAGAUUCUGCAGUCAACAAAGAGGCUCAAAUUUUAAUCAUGACUACUGAGAUUUUGCGCAAUAUGUUAUAUCAAAGUAUUGGAAUGGUUUCUUCAGGGAGUGGAUUGUUUCAUGUCGAUGUGAUUGUUUUGGAUGAAGUACACUAUCUCAGUGACAUAUCUCGGGGUACAGUUUGGGAAGAAAUAGUGAUUUAUUGCCCAAAAGAAGUCCAACUUAUAUGUCUUUCAGCGACAGUUGCGAAUGCCGAUGAGCUGGCCGGCUGGAUUGGGCAGAUUCAUGGUACAACUGAGCUGGUAAAAUCAAUGAAACGACCGGUUCCAUUGACUUGGCAUUUCUCUAUGAAGAAUUCUUUGUUACCUCUACUUAAUGAGAAAGGAACGAGCAUGAACAGGAACCUACAGCUUUCUGCUUUGGGAGGUGAGUCUUAUAAGGAAGAUGGAUCUGGAAGAAGGAAUUCUAGAAGACGUGAAAAAGCGAGUUACAAAAGUGGGAGCAUUUCUGUGCAGUCAACAUCAUCAAAAGAUGACACAAAUACAAUUCGCCGUUCACAAGUUCCUCAGGUUAAAGACACGUUGUGGUACCUCAGGCAAAAGGAUAUGCUGCCUGCUAUUUGGUUUAUUUUUAGCAGGAAAGGAUGUGAUGCAGCUGUUCAGUAUCUUGAACAUUACAAGCUUUUAGAUGACUGUGAGACAAGUGAAGUUGAACUGGCCCUGAAAAGGUUUCGUGUACAGUACCCUGAUGCUGUCCGAGAAUCUGCCUUAAAAGGCCUUCUGAACGGGGUAGCAGCACACCAUGCUGGCUGUCUACCUUUGUGGAAGUCAUUUAUUGAAGUGUUGUUUCAGCAAGGACUUGUUAAAAUUGUCUUUGCUACCGAAACCCUUGCUGCUGGCAUCAACAUGCCUGCCAGGACAGCUGUUAUUUCAUCUCUCAGUAAAAGGAGCGACAGUGGACGUACCCAUUUGAGCCCAAAUGAGUUGCUUCAAAUGGCUGGUCGAGCUGGACGUAGAGGUACCGAUGAAAGAGGUCACGUAGUUCUUGUUCAGACUCCUAAUGAAGGAGCAGAAGAAUGCUGCAAGGUUCUUCUUUCUGGAGUAGAGCCUCUUGUCUCUCAGUUUACUGCUUCAUAUGGCAUGGUGCUAAAUCUCCUUGCGGGUGCAAAAGUUACUCGCAGAUCAAAGGAAGCAGAAAUGAAAGUUUUGAAAGCAGGACGAACACUGGAAGAAGCCCGAAAGCUAGUUGAGCAAAGUUUUGGAAACUAUGUUGGGAGCAAUGUUAUGCUUGCUGCCAAAGAUGAGCUUGCUGAAAUACAGAAAGAAAUUGAGGUGCUGACUUUAGAAGUUAGUGAUGAUGCUGUUGAUAGGAAGAGUCGGAAGCAGUUAUCUGAAAAAGCAUACAGGGAGAUUUCUGAUCUGCAGGAGGAAUUACGGGAGGAGAAACGAUUGCGGACUGAACUGCGACGAAGGAUGGAACUAAAGAGGAUUACUUCUUUGAAACCUCUAUUGAAGGAGAUGGAAAAUGGUGAUUUACCCUUUAUCUGUUUGCAGCAUAAUAAAGAAGGAGUUCAACACUUAUUACCUGCUGUUUAUUUGGGGAAGGCUGAUGCUCUUUCUGGUUUAAAAUUCAAGAACAUGAUUUAUGCAGAUGGUUCUUCUACACUUAAUAUCAUGGACAAAGAGUUGGAUUUUGGAGAUAUGGAAGCACAGUUUGAUGCCAAACCAUCUUAUUAUGUGGCUCUUGGUUCGGAUAACUCUUGGUAUUUGUUCACAGAGAAGUGGAUCAAAGUGGUGUAUGGAACUGGAUUUCCUAAUGUUCCUUUAGUUCAAGGUGGUGCUUUGCCCAGGGAAACAAUGAGAGCUCACCUUGAUAAGGAAGAAAUGCAGUGGGAGAAACUUGCUCAUUCUGAAUUUGGAGAUCUGUGGUGUACAGAAGGAUCUCUUGAGACAUGGUCUUGGAGUUUAAAUGUGCCAGGCUUGAGUAGCCUCUCAGAUGAAAAUGGGGUGCUGCAAAUGUCACAAGCAUACGAGGAUGCUGUAGAGUGUUACAAGGAUCAAAGAACUAAAGUUUCCCGUCUGAAGAAAAAGAUUGCUCGUACAGAAAGCUUCAAAGAGUAUAAGAAAAUCAUAGAUAUGACUAACUUUACUAAGGAAAAGAUUGAACGCUUGAAGGCUAGAUCAGUUCGGCUUGUUAGUCGAAUAGAGCAAAUUGAACCAUCUGGCUGGAAGGAGUUCCUCCAGAUCAGUAAUGUCAUACAUGAAGCCAGAGCAUUGGAUAUUAAUACAAAAGUGAUAUUUCCUCUUGGUGAGACAGCAUCAGCAAUACGAGGAGACAAUGAACUCUGGCUUGCAAUGGUGCUCCGAAAUAAAAUUUUACUAGAUUUAAAGCCUCCACAGCUUGCUGCUGUCUUUGGAAGUUUAGUUUCAGCAGGAAUCAGAGUCCGUCCUUGGAAGAACAACAGCUAUAUAUAUGAACCUUCAACUACUGUAGUCAAUAUUGUUAACUUUUUGGAUGAGCAAAGAAGCUCCUUCUUAAAACUACAAGAAAAACAUGGGGUUAAGAUACCCUGUGAGUUGGAUAGUCAAUUCUCUGGCAUGGUUGAAGCUUGGGCCUCUGGUUUAACUUGGCGGGAAAUAAUGAUGGAUUGUGCAAUGGAUGAAGGGGAUUUAGCUCGCCUCUUACGCCGUACAAUUGAUUUAUUGGCUCAGAUUCCAAAAUUGCCUGAUAUUGGUCCCGUCUUACAAAACAAUGCCAUGAUUGCAUCCAAUGUCAUGGACCGACCGCCAAUAAGUGAGCUGGCUGGAUGACCUUCAUUUCAACAAAUCUAUGUCACUAGAAGGUGAAACUUUCAGAGUUGUGUAGUAUAUCAUCCUUUGUAUAUUAU